AUGUAUCCUAUAAUUAAUAAUUUGGCAUCACAAAACCAUAUACUUAACGACCCAGCGCUUAUAGGAGACUAUCAGUCUGAAAAUGAUUCCAAAAAUUUAACUCAUAACACGAUUACAUUUAAAUCUUUUAUAAAAGAAAUGAAAAAAACUUUCACUCAUGGUGACAAUGAACAAUUAUUAGGGCUUUCAGACCGGAUAGAUGGGUUAUUGAAAGAAUAUAAUAUAAGAAAGUUCGAAUACUUGCAAAUUAGAAAUCUUCGGCCUAUUGAUAGCGGUGGAUCUGCAAUUGUAUAUUCUGUUUAUUUACUAGGACAGAAGUAUGCAUUGAAAAGUCUAGAUGUAAACGCUAAUCUAAAUUGGGACUAUAAAAAGUUUAAAAUAUUCCUCCAAGAGACUUCUUCACAAUGUUGA